AUGAAAUUUGUGGCCGAGAAACCGAUGGAGAACUUGGAUGACAAUGUGCAAUAUGUGUCAAAGAAAAAUGUAGAAUGGCACAAUUCGAUCAUCAAGCAGGGCCAUGAAGAAUCCACCAAGCUGCUCAAAGGAUUGACUGACUUGAUCGAAAUGAUGCAGAAGGACCUCAAUUGCAUUGAUAUUCAACUCAUGAAGGAGGGCACCAAGGUGAUCGAAGAAGCUGCAAACAUGACUAAGGAUGAGCUGACAUUAGCUCUGAGCAGGGCUUCCAUGCCCAACAGGACUGUGAUAAUAACCACAGUGAACAAAGCGUGGAUGGAGCCUGGCGGCAUGUUUGACUUGUUUAUGAAGAGCUUUCAAAUCGGAAAAGGAACAACACCAUUUCUAAAGAAUCUGCUGGUUGUUGCACAAGAUGAAAGGGCAUUCAAUGCCUGCACACAAAUCCAUCCUCACUGCUAUCGAUUGAAGACUCCAGGAGUUGAUUUCUCAGGUGAAAGCGCCUACAUGAGAGGGAAUUACGUGAAGAUGACGAUGUCUAAAGUCCUCUUGCUCACCAAUGUGCUACGCAGAGGCUACCAUUUUCUUUUCUCUGAUUCAGACAUACUGUGGUUUAGAAACCCAUUUCAGAUGUUUUCAACAGAUGUAGAUUUCGAAAUGUCAGCCGAUAUAUAUCUUGGUAAUCCGUAUGAAAUGCGAAAUUUGAUAAAUACAGGAUUCAUGUUUGUCCGUUCGAACAAUAGGACUGUUACGAUGAUGGAGAUUUGGAAGAAUGCUGGAAAGAGUAGGCCUAACAGGAAUGACCAAGAUGUGUGGUAUGACAUAAAGUUGUCUGAGAACAUUACUCGAUUGGGUCUGAGAGGACGCAUCUUGGACACAAAGUAUUUUAGUGGGUUUUGUGAAUCGGGCAGAGAUCUAAGUGUGGUGUGCACCAUGCAUGCAAACUGUUGUAUAGGAUUGAAGGCCAAGCUUCAUGAUCUGACAGAAGCUCUUCAAGAUUGGACAUCCUUUCAGUCCAGUGGAUUGAAUAGCACAAAUGUGCAUUGGAGAGCUAGGGAGAAAUGUAGACAUACUUUUAAUAAACAAGGGCCAUAA